AUGAAAAGUAACGGACAGUCAGAUAUAGUCAGGCACUUUGGUUUGCAGUUAAUAGAAAACUCGGCUAGAUUUCACUGGAAUGAGUAUGAUCAAUCGGAAAAGGAUCAGAUCAAACAAUAUGUAGUAGAAUUAAUUCAACAGGUAGAUUUGCGAGAUUCUCUAACAUGUAUAGUAGGAAGUUCAUCUGCGCUGCAAGCCAGGUAUCCGGAUGGCGUAAAGAGCAAUAAUUCACGUGCCGGCGAAUUGACAAUAAUGCAAGGGGAACCCGAUAAUGAAGGAUGGUUAAUGAGAUGGGUCAGAUCUCUCGAGCAAUUAUUAACAGAAUGGCAAUAUCAGAGCCAAAAUCAAUCUCCUACUCUUCUAGUUCAUGAGAAGCUUGCGGUUGCGACCAUCAAUACUAUAUCCGCGCACGUGGAAUGGAUUUUUGCAAAGUCCGUGGUCGAAACAAAAACGGUGUUGGCAUUGACGAAUUGCUUGUUGAGUGACUGUUAUGGGAUAAAAAUGGAAGCGAUUGAAGGCUUAUCCGUUGCUCUCUCUCGAACCUACCAAACGCCAGAAGAUCGAGCAUUUAUCAGUGAACCAUUCUAUGAACAAGACGGCGUGGACUUAUUGAUUGCGGUAUAUGGUAAGAUACAACCCUCCAGACAAGUCUUACUGUUGGAAGAACAUGAAUACAAAUUUUUGAAAAAAUUCGCGGAGGUGGUCGUAGAAAUUGGGGAGAAACACAUUUGUUUCAGGAAUAACACUUUGAUACCUAAGCAAUUUCCAAAGUAUUUAGAGUUGGUAUAUGAGAUUUCCAAACAUCCAUCAAACGUGAUCGCGUCGACAACAAUAGCGUUCUGGCAAUCAGCAUUAAGGCAUCCACACAUUUCCAAGGGUUUUAAUGAACAAGAGGAAUUAUUAUUAAUGCUUCUCGAACUUUUUGCCCAGAGACUUAAGAUGUUAUUUCAACCCGAGGAUGCCGAUAAUGAGAUUACUUAUUAUAUUGAUAUGGAAGGGUAUUCCAACGAAUAUCGCAUUUUUGCUCAAACACUUCGUACGAAGUUUGUUGAUACGAUAAAAGCAAUUACACAAAUGAAGCCAAUUUCAUCAUUCAAUUGGAUGGUUCAAAAGACUCAAAUCACAAAUGACCUGAAAAAUCUAUUGCAAAUGUUGCUAAGUCUCGAUUAUUCGGACGUUGUGAUGACGCAUCGGUAUUUGGCAGCUUUAGUUUCCUUUGUAGAUAUAUUAGUUAUUGAUUCAUCGUUGCUAUUCCCUGUUCUACAGAAGUAUACUGUUUCACCUACCACUCCAUAUCUUCCCAUACCCAUCCAACGCCUACGAAGUGGGGCAAUUAGUACAUUGAUAAAAUUUGGCACCGCAAUGCCUGAUAUAUUGAUGGCUUCUGGAAUUAAUCUUUUGUCAUCUGUUGUCAACGAUAUGAAACAGAAUGGCACUUACACCAAAAGUGCGGGCAUUGAGUCCGUGCCUGGUGAAAUGUUAGAACAAUAUAGGGUUGCCAGAUCCAAGGUACCUCUAAAUGAAAAGUUGGGAAGUAUGGAUUCGAGAGUAGAUGUAAGUUUGUGGGGAAAAUAUGUCCCCACUAUUUUAUCCACAACUUUGGCGUUGAUAAGAUUGCUCCAUCAACUUUGGAACGUUGAAUCAUGGAGAGAAAUGCCUAUUGAGUUGCAAGGGAUUUUGUUGCUGAGCCAGGAAGAAAAGGCGAAUAUUUUAGGCCUGUCACAAAAGUCUCCAUUAACCGAUUUAUACAUUGUUCGACCUUAUAUCCUGAAUUGCUCGACACCUGAAAUUUUGUCUGGAUUUUUACCACAACUACUAAAAUACAUGGAUGAAAAGCUAUCAACCGAAUGGGCAAUUUUAACCGCGAAAGGAAUCUUGACAUCAUCUACCGAAGAGUUCAAUGAAAUUCCGAAUCUGGAUCUUACAAGUGAUGCCUCAGAUGAAAUAUUGAGUGAGCAUCUGCUAAGGGAUUUGACAAGAGCCUACAUAGUUGAACGUGAGGUAUUACGGGAAUUUGUGGGCAAGACUCUACUAGCGGCAGCACUCCAAGCACUGAAUGACGGAUAUCAUAAAGAAAUACAUCCUGUUAUUAUUUCAUUGAUUACAGACUUGUAUAUUGAUUUGAGACCGCUCUCCCCUAUUCCGUAUGAAACAUUGGCACAAUUGUUAAAUAUGGAUCAUGUACGAUUGCAGGAAUUUGAAACGUCGCUGAGUCAGGCGACCGAAAGUAAGGCACGCAAAAUUAUUGUUAGAAAUUUUCUUGAAGGGAUUACAGGGCUCUCUACGGGUGAAUGGUUUAAAGUGCCAGAUGCAUCAUCCACCAUACAAAACAGAAGAAUUGCUUACGGGAACUACGAAAAGCCCCGACUAGGGGUGUUGGAUGCUGUGGAUGAUCCAAACGAGGUUGGAAUAGAAAGAUGGUUCGAGUAG